AUGAGGACAUUAAUAACCAUAAGUUGGAUAUUAAUAUUUUUAUCUAUCGUUGUUCAUUGUCAAGAGUGGAAUGGUGAUCCUGCUGUAUGUCAACCGGAUCCAAAUCCAUCAAAUAUUCCUCCCGGUAUAUAUCCUACAUUUCCAACCAAAGCUCAAUUUGCGCUAGAAAUUCUUCAAGUAGGAACCGUAGAAGGUCUUGGAGUACAUACCGUCCAGCAUAUGAUGUUUGAAUAUUUUUAUGAUUAUGACGCGAAUUCAUUGGUAUUGGUUAAAAAUAUGAAUAAUAUUAUUGAUGCCGAACAUUAUCAUUAUUCUAUUUUAAAAAAAGCAGCAUAUUAUGCACGUUCAUUUUGUAAUGUGACAACUAUUGAAACGAACGUGCCUAUGGAUGGAACGUCGGCAAUUUUUGUUAAUGGACAACCACAUAUAAGACCAUUGCAUGAAUUUUUACUAUUUUCUAGUAACAAUCUAGCAGAGCCAACUAUUCAACCAAAAUAUAUUGGUGAAGAUAUUGUACGUGGUAUACCCGUUCAUAAAUGGGAAACAUGUAUCCUAGAUAGAGUUAAUCAACGCACAACUAGACGAGAAUGGUCAUUUGCUAGAUCAGACUAUUUAAUGCCAACUGGACAGAUAACUACAUCCACACCGGUACAAGCUCUUAUAAAUUCAUCGAAGUCGAUCAAUGGGACACAUGUUGCUGAAAUAGAUGAAAUAUUUAAUGUUAUAUCUUAUAAACCGGGUAUUACUGAACGAUCUGACCUAUUUUCACCACCACGUGGUAUAUUUUGUAGUGGAUAUGGUGAUGAUACUUUAUUUUCUCUUGAAGAACAAGGUAUUAUAUGGUCAAAUCGUUUUAGUGUACGAAUUGAUGCAAUAACAUCAAGGCAAGCAUUAUGGCAUACAUUUCAUUUACGAAUGGAAACUACUCGUGAAUCAAAAAUGAUGCGUAUUGAUUAUAAACCGUUGGGUGAUGAUUUUGAAACAAUAAUACUGGAUUAUACACAUGGUAUUAAAUACAUAAUUGAUCGUCGUGUAGGUUCUUGUACAAUUACUCAAGGUCUUGAUUUUCAAUCAUUAGAUAUUGUAAAAAAUCCAAUUGAAUUUUUUAUUAAAUAUGAACAAUACAUUAUUAGUAAUGAUCCAAAAAAUAAAAUAUAUCAAUUUAAUGGUUUACGCCCAUGUCGUGGUGGAGCAAUUGAAUGUGUUAUAGUAACCACCUCAUUUGAAAAUUUUCCAGAAUUACCAGAGACAGAAGAAACAUGGGAUGCAACUAAUGCUGAAUGGGCAUGGUCACAACGAAAUCCAAUGUCACCACCACCUCCAUGUCAAACACCACCGUGUACCAAACGAUUCGAUUAUCCUGUACACUUACUUUUAAAAUUAUUUAAAAGAACUGGUGGUGAAGGACCAGGUUUUAGAACUGAAGAUGUUGAAUAUUAUUUUUAUGAAUAUAAUGGUGAUGUACAUGGUAAUGAAUUUGAUACAUCGUUAUGUUAUCGGUCAAAUGACUUAAAAUACGCCCAUUUAGUCUAUAACUUAAAAGUAUCAAGAAAAGAAAAUGAAAUUGAAGAUGCUCAAUUAGAUCGUCGUGAUCUAAUGCGAAACGUACAUUAUCAAACAGCAACACAAAUGAAUAUCCGUCCAUCUCGUAUAUCUCAUUUAGAAAUUGAUCAUGAUGAACAAGAUCAAACAAUCUAUGUUAUGUUCACAUUAUUAGACAAAACACCUUUGAUAAAUGAUCCAAAUGAAUUAAAUAUUGAUCAAGCACGAAAACAGUUAGAAUCAGCUAUUAAUGAUAAUAAAUUAACGUUUGGUAUUCAAUUAUUAGAUAAUGAUAAAUAUAAUAUAACUGUCAAUGCUAUUAAAAAUUCAUUGGUAGAAUCAAAAACAUAUAUAUCAUCCCAUUCAAGAUUGAAAGCAACAGAAAAAAUUAAAUAUUCUAAACAUUCAAUAGCAGGUGCAAUUCUAGGAGGAAUUCUUGUUGGUAUAGUGAUUGGUGGUGUUUUGCUUAUUAUCGUAAAAUUUAUGAGAAAAGAACCAUUACCAUCGGUACCACAAGUAACACGAUCAAUCACAUCACCAUUUGCUAGUGUGAGUUUUAGCCGAAAUCCAGCGGCACAACCCACAACAAAAACAGAAACAGAUGCAUAA